UCUCAUUAUUUAACGUUACUCAGCAGCUCUUAUUUUGACGGAAAAUCACAGGAAGUUCAGACCGGAACUUCUGUACAGGAAGUCUAAUGGUUGCCAGCUUCACGGAACGUUCAAUCUGGCGACAAACUGACCCGGAUAUAGAAGUACAAACGGAAGUCUGUGUGUUUUGGAAGCAAUCAGUUCCGUAUUUUCUCAAUUCUCCCGAAGAGACGAUAGAAAAUGACAAGACAUGGGAAAAACUGCACGGCUGGUGCCGUGUACACAUAUCAUGAGAAAAAGAAAGAUACAGCGGCCUCGGGAUACGGCACACAGAGUGUGCGUUUGGGGAAGGACGCGAUAAAGGACUUCGACUGCUGCUGUCUGUCUCUACAGCCCUGCAGGGAUCCUGUCGUAACUGUGGAUGGCUACUUGUAUGAAAAAGAGGCCAUUCUGGAGUACAUCCUUCACCAGAAAGUGGAAAUCGCCAGAAAAAUGAAGGCUUAUGAGAAGCAGAAACGGGCUCAGAAGAGCGACAGCCAGUUGGAGUCCAGCUCUGGGGAGAGAGAGAAGGUGGAGAAAUUCAAGAAGAGGGAGAACAGCAUUGUCUCCAAGCCCAUCAACCCUUUCACCGCAGCUACGGCCCGAGACUCUGAGGCGAAGGCCAGCUCCAGCUCCAGCUCCAGCUCCGGGGCCGGGGCCUGCCCUGCUGGGCCCAGCUCCAGCUCAGCGCUCCCCAGCUUCUGGAUCCCCAGCCUGACCCCCGAGGCUAAGCCCACCAUCCUGAAGAAGCCUGGCAAGACCGUGCUCUGCCCGAUGUCGGGGCGACCGCUGAAGAUGAACGAGCUGAUUGCAGUGCGUUUCACGCCCCUGGACCCCGGACUGGACCGCGUCGCCCUGCUCACGCGCCAAGACCGCUAUGUGUGUGCAGUGACCAGAGACACGCUGGGGAACUCCGUGCCCUGCGCUGUCCUCCGGCCGUCGGGGGCCGUGGUGACGAUGGAGUGUGUGGAGCGGCUCAUACAGAAGGACAUGACCGACCCGGUGACCGGGGACAAGUUGACAGAGAGGGACAUCAUCACUCUGCAGCGGGGGGGAACCGGUUUCUCCGGCUCUGGAGUGGACCUGCGGGCUAAAGAGGCUCGUCCCGUAAUGCAAGUGUGAGAGCCCUGCAGGAAAUGAGCUCCGGGGAUCUUUUUAUUUUUCAUUUCUCGUCAGUGUAAUGUAAAUGAAUGAUACAGUUGCGUUGUAUUGUUAAGGUGCGCGUACACACACACACUCAGCCACACAUGCAUCCACUCCAGUACUUGAAACACACACACACACACACACACACACACACACACACAGACACUGGCACAUGGUUUUAUAAUAAAUGGAGAAAUAAAC